AUGGAGGCAGCUGAACACAGAUUCCCUAAGUGGGUAUCGUCAAAAAUUAUUGAUUUUUAUGCAGAACAGGUAUCGAAAACGUGAAUCUGAAAACUAUUGCGAAAAUGAGAACACUCAGGGAAUCGAGCGGUUGUUUGAGUGGCAAAUCAACGUUCUGAAUGGAGCCAUCAAGCAUUGCGAUCAAAACGUGGUGUUUAGUGCUCCGACAAGUGCUGGGAAAAGCAUCGUGGCGGAACUUUUAGGUAAUCGCAUUAAUCACAAAAACUCAACGGAUCCGUAUGGAUUUUAGCAUGGCAAGUAGCCGUCGCUGGAAAGAAAGUUCUCUUCAUACUUCCGUACAUUUCCGUGGCUCGCGAGAAGCUUCAUCAGAUUCAGAAGUGCUGGCGACGUGAGGAUAUCGCCGUUUGCGGGUACAUCGGCCCACAGGCGUCGAACCCGAACGAGUGGAUCGGCGCAGUUUGCACAAUUGAGAAGGCAGCCAGCCUAACAAAUCGAGCUCUUUCUGAAAAGUGGUUUGAUGAAAUAGGUAGGCACUGAAUUUGACGCAUUCGAAAAAAGGCAACUCGUCAGGAAUGGUGGUGGUGGAUGAGUUGCAUAUGGUGUUCGAUUCAUCAAGAGGAGCACAUAUCGAACACAUGAUCGCUAAAAUUCUCCUCUGGAACAAGUAAGUUUUGAGAUGAAUAUAUAAAUUCUGAUUAUAGACGUUUAGAACCGCAGAAAACAAAGUUCGAAUAGUUGGGAUGAGUGCCACAAUUCCAGAGUUGCACCGGAUUGGUCAAUGGAUGGAAGCUCAAGUCUAUGAAGCCAGUUUCCGACCGAUCCGCCUCAACAACAACAUCAUAAUCGGAUCCGAAAUGCGAAAAUUCGAAAAUGGGAUUGUCUCCGAUCAGAUUACUCGCGAGUUUCCUGAUGAUCCGCUCAUUACUCUGGCUGAAGAGAGUUUCCGGAAAAACUAUCAGGGUCUUGUAAUGAUUUCGUCAAAAAUGGAAGCCGAGAAGACGGCAGUGAACAUUGCGAUGAGGCUGCACGAACUGAAAAAAGGAGACGAAUCGAUUAUUAAUCGACUGAGAGAACGGGCCGACGGACUAUUGUUCACGAAGAAUGGAUUGCAAAGAAACGGCUGCAAAGAUCGGAAUCUGAUGGGCACUCUGGCCUGGGGAGUCGCCUUCCAUCACGCAGGAUUGACUCUCGAGGAGCGAGAAUGUAUUGAACUGGGAUUCCGGGAAAAAAGUAUCAUCAUUCUGGUGGCCACGAGCACUUUGGCUUCCGGAGUGAACCUCCCUGCCGAACGAGUAAUUAUCAAGGCUCAAACACGUGGCCCUUCGGCUCUCACAUCUCUAAGUUAUCGGCAGAUGGUCGGGAGAGCCGGUCGGACAGGACACGCGACACGAGGUGA